GCUCCUGGCCCGCUCCGCUCCCGCCCAGGCGAGGUGGCGGCAGGGGCCGGGGAGCGCGCCUCAGCGCGGCGGCGCCGCCAUGGCGCUGGAAGUGGAGGCGGCCGGGGCUCCCCUGAGCUCUUUCCUGAGGGACUUCCCGUCUCCACUGGGCCCGGGGGAGCCGCUGCCGUGGAGCUCCGUGGGUUGCGGCGCCCUUAGCAAGGCCGAGGUGCCGGGCGCCUUGGCGGACCGGGCGAAGAGCUUCCUGGACGGCAGCAGAGGUGUUUCACCACUUCUUGCGGCGUCACUGAUUCAUGCUGCAGUUGAUGAAGUUCUCCAAACAGACUUGACUGGAUUUAAGCAGGAAAAUGUGGAAACAGAGGGAGAAGGAGAUGAGGAAAGGUUAACCUUGCUGGAUGGAGAGUCCUUGCAGCGCUGCUUCUUUAACAAACUUCGGGAUGUUUGCUCUGAGUGGCAGAAGCAGUUGCCACCACUGAGGCCCCUGAAGCGCUUCCUGCUCGUCUCCAUCCACGCCAUCCGCAACACUCGACGCAAAAUGGAGGACAGACACGUUCUGCUCCCAGAGUUCAAUCAGCUGUUUGGCUUAUCAGAUGACAUUGAUCGAGCGUACUUUGCAGUAUUUGAUGGCCAUGGUGGAGUGGAUGCUGCCAAUUAUGCAGCAACCCAUUUACAUGUAAAUGUUGGGCUACAUGAAGAGAUGCUUAAGAAUCCAGCUGAGGCCUUGAAAUGCUCUUUCCAGAAGACAGAUGAAAUGUUUCUUUUGAAAGCCAGAAGAGAGAAGCUGCGGAGUGGUACAACAGGUGUAUCUGCACUGAUUGUAGGGAGCAAGCUACACAUAGCAUGGCUUGGGGACUCACAAGUCAUGCUUGUGCAGCAAGGAAAAGCUGUGACCUUAAUGGAACCUCACAAACCAGAAAGAGAAGAUGAGAGAACUCGUAUUGAGGCUCUGGGUGGUUGUGUGACUUACAUGGACUGCUGGCGGGUUAAUGGUACCUUGGCUGUUUCCAGAGCAAUUGGUGACAUGUGUCAGAAACCCUACAUCUCUGGAGAUGCAGAUGGAGAUUCAUUUGAGCUGACUGGUUCUGAAGAUUACUUGCUCCUAGCCUGUGAUGGAUUCUUUGAUGCUGUCAAGCCACACGAGGUUGUAGACUUGGUCCUAGAUCAUUUAAUGCUGACCAAAGGAGUGGGUCUCAAAGCAGCAGAAAGACUGGUGGCUGCUGCAAAGGAAAAUGGAUCCAGUGAUAAUAUCACUGUUCUAGUGGUGUUCUUGAGGGAUCCUCAGGACAUCUUGGCAGACUGUCUCAGAGACCCUAAGAGCCUUGGUGCUGGUGAUGAUGCUCAGAGCUCACCUUUUAAUUUCCUCAACUGUGAGGCAGCAGCCACACAGUGACAAAACCUGCUUAAUCCACAACAUUCAAGUAAGUUUAUGUAAGGAACUACUUUCCAAUGAAGAAGCCUCUUAAUACAAUAGGCAAAACCUGUCAGGAAAUAAAGAAGACAAAUGGACAAACAUUUAACAGAAAGGCAAGACUCCUUUUACUGAAUUCCCAUUUGUUUUUUCCUUCCUAUCCCCUCCCUUCAAAAAACAAUGAGCAGAUGUGGAGAUUUGUACAGCUUUUUCAUCACUGGGAGCAGAUUUAUGUGUCUCAGGGCUGCUGGUCAUAUCCUGUUGCCCUGGAAGUGGUAAGAAACCAUAAUAUGUAUAAGCUAAUGGGUAAGAAUACCUGUCUGUGGAUUCUGAGUGAAUAUUUAAAUUAGCACUUAAAAAGAGUGCUCUAUGUUGUAUUUAAUUGUGAUGUUACUUUGGAAAUCGGGAGGAGAGAAGCUGUUGCCAUCACAGAAGGGCUUGUGACUAUGUGUGGUCUGUAGGAACAGGCUUGGUUUAUGAGAGACUGGGUGACAACUUUAGGCUGUGUAAGUUGCCUUUGUUUUGUACAACAGAUGAUAUCACAAGAACAAUGUGGCCUCUUUAUUCAAACAGAAGACAUUUAAUUCUUAUGUGUAUGGAGAGGAGAAAAUGGAAGAAUGCACCUGAAAAAAAGAGUAAGAAUUAAUCUAGAAACAUCCCAGACAAAAUGAUAUAAAAUCAGCUGCUUUCUGGGAUGCUCUGAUUUAUAAACUGGAAUCCAAUAUUUAACUGCACUGGAUUAUUUUUCCUUAACAAACAUGCUUUUUGGCUAUUUGGCAACCUGAAAAGAAAGGACCCUUAUUGUAUUUGAGAGAGAUCUUUACAGGAUGUAUGCUUUAGCAAUUAAAUAUGCCUUGUUUCUGCCACUUUUUUCUGUACUAUAACAAAUGAGAAUUUUAUUUUUAUUCUAAGUGUUUAUUUGAUUAUUUGCUGAACUUUACAGUUGGAGACAUUUUUGCAGUGUUAUUUUAUUCUGUUGUGUUUUUAUUUAAAUCAGAAUUUAAAAGUGGCUGUGUCUUUUAUCUGGUUUGAAAAACUGACUACCCUCAAGUGCCUUAAAUAUUUGACCCAAGGAUUGCUGGCUUCCUAUUCUGGUGAGCCCAGUUUAUAGAAUUUUUUAAAUGUGACUUUUUUAUUUCAUUAAUACUAAUGUUUAAUGCACUUAAAUGUUUCAUUUUUGUGAGCAAUUUUAGUAGGAACUAGGUUUCAAGAAAACAAUUCUGUUAUUGUUGCCAAAUCCUGGGGCUUAUAGCAGAAGCUUCAUAAUACUUAUUGUGACUUACCCCUCUGCCCCAUGUGAGAAGCUGGUUAUUUAAUCAUCAGGAAACAACCUGAGUCAUCGUGAAUUCCAUUUAUAAACAAAUUCACUUCUGAUCUUCAUGAGAAAAUUUAAUAAACUAAAAACAAUUUAGUAACAGUUUUUGAUUUAUAGAUGGCUAAUUUGGCCAGACUUCAUGAACCUUUUUUUUUUUUUUUUUUUUUUUUUUUUUUUUUUUUUUUUGUCUAAAUAACUUUCUAAGGAGAUAUGAAGCUAAGGUGAAGAUGAAAGAAUCUUAAUGCCUGUGUAGCUGUGCUGCUGUUACAUCCAGUACAUGCUGGAGCCUCUGGCUGCAUUUUGUCUUCCCUUGUUAGCCUGGCUGGGAGGACUUAACAAGAUCUGAAGGCUUGAUGUUAAACAUGUUAGAAAUUUUUGUAUCUAAAACAAGAAGAGCUUCAUCUGGCAGUGUGAUGUCUGCCUGUGUGAGAAGCACAUGGCACUGCAGUGUGUCAGCCCUGCUGAUUAAAAUGCAUUGAACAUUAUUGUUGCUUAGGGAGGAAAUUUAGGUAGAAGAGAAGGCUAAAAGAACAGAGCAGCAGUGUUCAUGUCCAUAGUGUCUCUGAAUUGUUAGCUAGUGAGGGGCAAUGCAGUCACACCAGCAACUGGAGUGUUUUGCUGGAUUACUGUGGACAAUCAUAUGGUUUAACACAAACUCCUCAUUACAUAGCAGCUGAUAGGGAUAUCCUUGUUCAGAUAUGGGACAACAGGAGCUUUUCCUCUGAGAAGGAUGCAAGCACUUUUCCCACCUGACAUUUUGCUGGGGAAGGCUUUCUGUGAUGGCAGCCUGGUAGGGUAGGUGUUAAUUUUUGCAGCAAACCUACUUCAGUUAAGAAAGCCUUGUAUGGUGGUAAUCCCUUUGGAUUUAUCAUUUCCUCUCUCUUUGAUUUCUAACCCAGAUAUCCAGUGUCAUGCUAAAUUCUGAUUACCAAUAGUGCCUCUUGGUGUCUUAGAAAUAGUUCUCAUUAUUAAUACAAUAAGAAUCAUGCAGAAUUGUUUGUUUUUUACUGCAAUCUGAGGUUUAUCAGGAGAGGGGGAAGCUGUUGUAUUCAUGGAGGGAGGUGAGUAAUGCUGAUAAGCAUGGAUUAAUUUUUGAAAGUUGCCAAAUUUCCUGAAACAUGGAAAGAAAUGAACAAGCCAGAUUCUUAUAAUGAUCCUUUUAUAUCAACUGUUUUUGGGCAAAUUUGCAUUGUAGAGAAAACAAAGAGUUAAGUCUGUCAGUGAAUACUUACAGAUAUAUGGGAAUGUCCUUUUUUGAUUCAAAUUUGAUAGACAUCUUUUUUUAUGGGAUCUAAGUAAAAGUGGCCUUUAGAAAGCUGUCUGUGGUAAUCAAAAAAUUGAAUUCUUAAGCCAUGUUCUAGGGAAGAAAUUCUGCAUUCUGAGAGGCUGUUCCCUUAUAUAGAUGUUUUCAUUCUGAAUGAUGCUAGUGCCUCGUUUCUUUGAGAUGUAAGUGGAUAGAAAUAGUCUUUGGGAGCUCACACAGAUUUCUGUGGGUAUAAAAAAUAUUUCUCUGGUUUUCAGAGACUUCUUAAAAAGUCUAGUCAGGUCUAUAGGAGUUGUGAUUGGGUCAGAAAUAGAAGUUUGUAUCUGCUCAGUGGCGUAAACAAUGUGUCGUAAUGUGUCAUCUACAGUAAAAUUCCAAAUACUGUUUGGGGAAAAAAUGGGUUUUGGAUGUGUCUUAUCUAUUCUUGACAGCAUACCCAAAACCUAUGGUUUUUUUUGUUGUUGUUUUUUUUAACUGUAAAGCCAACAUUUCAAUUUGAUGUUAAUUCAACAAUGAAAAUACAACACAGGAUGCAAGUAUGGGGUUUGGAAAUGCACUUUUAAAAUUCUAUGGAAAAUUAUCAUCAGAAUGAUAUUAUCCUUGGGAAGGCAAGGCAACCUCCAGAUUUUUUUCUCACUUGUGACUUUAGCAUCACUUUUAGAAGCCACCAGCUUUGGUGCAUAAUUCUGCUACAGCAACUUUCACUUGUAUGGGUGGUGAGGAAAGAGGGGAAGGAGCUCUAGAAGCAGGCAUGAAGUUGAACUAAACAGUGCAAAUAUGGAGUGGUGCUGUUAUUAAUUUACAGUACUAAUCUGCCACAUUAAGCUUUUCUUGUCUUUUUCCUCUUAAAACUGCUUGGUGUUGGCUCUUAUAUUUUCCUUCCCUUCCUCAAAAUAAUGUAAUUCUUGUGAGAGAAUGCUCUUUCCUCUCUGGGCAUUCCUAGUGUCGUCCACCGUACACUAAAACUUGUCCACCAGUGUCAGAUCAUCUAAUGACAAAUAGACUAAUUGGCCUCUUUCCUUGUUGUCUUUGUGUUGGGCCUGCAAAAACCAAAUUCUUGAGUCUAGCCAAAUCUUAGAAGCUGUGGAAGUUACCUGAAGGAUUCAGGACAAUUGUUCCAUGAAGGAUGAAACUGCUUUCCUAUUUUAUUAGACUCCAGAUGAAUGUCUGCUGCUGCAUUUUCACAUCCAGCAUCAGAAAAAAAUUGCUUCUUAAAGGAACCUGCAGUUUGAAAACAGAGCACAAUGAAAUCCUUGUGUUGUGCUUGAUUAGAAAUUAACUUUAGUCAUUCUCCUUAGUGGGUAUCCAGCAUCUCUUUUGCUUAUGAGUAAUUCAUACCUGUGCCUUUCUUUCCCUUCCCUAUCUCAUUGUUUCCUGUGAAGAAGCAUAAUUAAGACAGUGAAGUCUUCUGGGUUUGACAUAGACAAGAUGACAGUUUUACAGAUUACAUUUGUGGGGGGUUGGUUUGGGGUUUUUAUCUUUUGAGAAUGCAGAGGAUAGAAAUGCAGGAAAAUUUUUAGAACAGGGGGAGAUUAAGUGAAAUCCACCUUCUGAGUGAUGGAGGAGCAAAAGAGAGAGACAGGAAUGCAUUUAAGUAUUAUUAAUACCUAUUUUAAAAAGGAAGUGGGCUGGAAAAUAGGGCUACAAAUGUCAGUUCUUUAGAGUGAAAUACCAGUGUAUGAAAGAAUUAGAAACACACCCAUUAAAUAGACAAAGCUCAGAUGUGGUAACACUCUUCAGACAGCCAAGGAAAGAAUGACAGUAAAAGCAUCCAAGGUGACUUACUGUGACCUCUUAAUACUGUCUUGCAAGCUAAUGCUAGUAAAUGAAUUUUUCUAAACAUCCUUACGUGUCAGGCAGUGCUCAGAGGGAGCACUCAGUGGAUGCAGUUAUUGGUCACUGUGUGGCUGCGGCUGUGAGUAAAUGCCAUCGAGUGGGUUAAUGAAUCCAUGUGGCUGGUGAGCUCUCAUCAGAUGAGUAAUUGGGCACAGAGUGGUUACAGCAGAGUUGGCAAUUGAAUAGUGUUAAUCACAGUGAUGACUUUAAUAGCGUUUAAUAGACACUUAUCUGAAUUCAAAGUCAGAUGAGAUAUUGCUGGUUUUCAAAGCAUUUCCAUUGCUUUCUGUCAUGAAAAGCCACUAGAAUUUCCAUUUUUUUGUUGGAUAUUGGGAAAAGUGCUUGUCUUGCUUUCUAAAUUCUGGAGAUAAGUUUGGCUGUCUGCAGUGGAAAGCCCAUUUUCAAUUGGUAGCUUAAAGCAGCUGCUUGGGGUUGAAACUUCCCUCCAAGGCAACCCUUUAAAAACUAAUUCAAAGGUUCUUCCCAAACAAGUGGCUGAGGAACAUGUGUAUUUCUAAAUGACAUUGCACAAAAGGUAACCAGCAAAUACUCUAAAGGGCACAGACAGAUGAUCUGCUUGAAGUUUAAAUUAAGAUUGUAGCUUCACUCUUUGUGUGAGUGAGGCUGUUGGUUACAUUACUGGUAUUCUUGUGGAUGCAGGUACUCAGUGCACAGCUCCAGACAUACUCCAUUUCUGCUCUUAUCAUACUGAAGUGUCAAGCAAACACUUUAGGGAGAAGGUAGGGGGCUGUUAGCCACAACAGAGCAGAUUGCAGAUGAUUCAUAUAUAAUUUAGCUCUUAAGCCUGAAUUAAAUUUUCCUCCUUAGUUCUAUUACUGUCCCCUUUACAAUUGGGCCUGUGACAUCAUGAAAAAUCCUACUAGGAAGUUAAGGUCUAUUCCCUCUCUUUGGGAAGCAGACAACUCCCGAUGGAGAAAAUUCCUUUCAGGAAGGGUUGGGGAGGGAGAAAAAUGAGUUUUCAAAGAAGUGUAAAACUUCCCCAUCUACCCUAAGUUAUAUUAUCUCUAAACACAUGUUUAUAGUAGAUCUGAUUGCAUUUGAAUAGCUGUGAUGGAAAGCAGUAGUUUCCUGCCAAGCCAGUCACAACCCUUAAAACUGACAGCACCAACUCCAAGAGUCCUCUCAGCUCUGCUAAGUCAGGCCACUAAAACAGCCAGCCCUUCUGGUAUUUAUUUUGCAGCAUUUGUAGCUUUAAGAGCUAAGCCAGUCACUUGCUGCAUGUUUUGGAUUUUACUUCAGAUAAAAUUAUUUCUAUUUAUAUCAGUCAUGCCAGAUGAAAAGUAAGCACAUGGAGACAUUAGGGUGUGACUGGACCUGGACACCUGUCUGUCAUAGACAUCUUAAAAUACAACCUUAAAGUGAACUGGUAAGCUCUUGUGAUAAACCUUAUCUCUGAAUAGAACAAGAAACCAAAAUCUUAGAGGAAAUUACUUAAACCUUUAUUUAGGUGUGACCCAUCAGAGCAUGAAUACUCCCAUGCCUUCCCCACAAGCUGUUCAACACUGGGAGUUUAAUGUGUUUUCCACGCUGUCCCUGCUGCUGCUGGUGCACACAAAAAUAAACAAAAGGCAGCUGUGUUGGCAGCACUGAGAGUUUAGCAAGAUGCAGCAUUUGUCAAACAGAAGAGGACAAAAUCAAUAGGAAAAGAAAUGUUUUCAAGCUUCCUGGAAUACAAACAAUGGAAUGAAAAAAAAAAAGCAACCUAGAAGUCUUGGCAGUGCACUGUCAGCUUAAAACCACUGUUUUAAGCAAAUUAAUUUGGCUGCUUUGUAAUGUCCACUUUAUUUAACAAAUCCCUCUCAGUGUGUGCUUGAUGUCUUGUUGUUGAUACGUGCUUUUUGGUCUGAAAAGAUUAAUUUGACUUUCAAGGAGCUGAAUGUAUCUGGGCUUUGUGACUAGUUAGAUUAUGAUUAUUGAAUUUUCUCUCAACUUUUAUUAAGCCUCAUUACUAAUUUCCAGGAGAUGUUAAUAUAGCAAGGACUGACCUUAUUAAUCAUUAAAAGGUUCUGGAUUCCCGUGCAUAAGAAAUUAAUUGGUCUUUCAUGAUGUAAUGGAUCACUUCUUGAGGUUUAUAAUAAUUUGUGUGGCAAUACUUCAGGCAUGGGGAAGGUUUGUUGCCUUGGCAAAUGGAACUGGAAGGUAUGACCAUCAGGCCAUGCAGGAAGGUUCCUUUUGGAUGUCUAAAGAUAAAGAGAUAAUAGCUAGGAAAUUAGAGAGAUGCAAUUAAAUGCUAUAACUUUCUCUUUUUCUUGUUGCCCUCUCUAGCUUUGUUAAGAGACAGUCUGCUUAAUAUUGGAAGAUUAAUGCUGCUUUCUUUUCUCUUCUUUUGGUGUGUUUAAUAAUAGCAAGAUAUUUGGUUUGUUUGGGGUAAAAACUUUAUACUGAAAAAAAAGUCCAGUAUAAAGUUUUAACUUUUAAUUUACUUAACUACUUGGGAAAAUCAGUCCAGCUCUUUCUCCUCCUUAUUCCCUUCCCCAUUUUCUUUUUCUUCUAUGACCUUUAAUAUUGCCAACCUCUCUCCCCAAAAGGCUGCUUCCUAGACUGUAAACUCCAUUGGCAGUGAAGUCAGUUUAGUUGCCACUUAAUAAUUUUAAUUUCAUCUGUGUUCAUAGUGAUUGUGAUCCAAUCUUUGGAGGCCUGCAUUACCAAGAGUGUAGAAAGUACCAUGUCAGCUAGGAAGAUAAGAGACUACACAACUGUUGUGUCUUUGGCACUGACCAGUAUUGGAUGUUUAAGAAGAAGAUCCUCUUAUUUGCAUGUUAUUCCCUAAGAAUACUUAAGCUUACUUCAGGUAACAGUACAUCCUGAAUACAGGACUUUAGAAGUAUUCUUGUCUCUGUAUUUCCUUGCUUCUGCAGAUUGUUUGUUUUUUUCAAACAUUUGCACUUUUAAGUGUGGGGUAGAAAGCUUUCUAACUUUUUUCACCUCUUGAAUUCUUUCUCACCCCAGUUGACCAAACAGGUUGGUACCUGCAGCAUGCCACAUGGCUCAUCAGCCUUUCAGUCAGUGUAAUUCUUCAGUGCCUGCUCUGUAUGGUAACUUCAAUCCUGUGCUUAUUUAGUGGUAAGUUAGACCUCUGUAACUACUCUUGCUGACUUAAAAAUAUGUGUUCUUAUCAGUAUUAUAGCAGUACAAGAGCAGAACUGUUGCUGUAGGCACAUUUCUUGCCACUGUGUUGGCUAAUGAACCUUGAAUGAAAGUAAGAGGGCCAGUGACUUCGAAAUAGGAGCUGUUAGCCAAGUGUUGUAGAAUUGUAGUCCUUAUUUAUUUUAUAUGCUAAUCUGCACUUGUGACCCAGAGCAGAAAAGCUGCAGUACAGCAGGUUUUAUAAGCUGUGGUUUAACCAGUUAUCUAGUAACUUAAAACUUUUAUUUAAGCUGACUGGUUUUGUGCACGGGUCAGAAACCUGUUGUCAUUGAUCAUUAAAUGCUAUGCAUAAUGUACAUUGAUUUACAUGGAUUGUUCUAAUAGUGCUUGUGUGUGUUAUGCUACAUUACCAUAUUUUUAUAUAUAUAUGUAUGUACUGCAUGAGGUUCAAUUGUUGGAUUUUUUUUUUUUUGUAUUGUCACUUUUGUAUUCACACAGUGCCUCAUGUAUCUAUUUGCAUAUUGCAAGAGGUUGUUUCAAAGCAGUGAUUGGAAACACGUGGGGAUAAGAACUCUCCACUGUAGGAUCUGGUAUUUCUGAAGUAUUAAUAAAGUUUAGUGAUUUGAAGCA